AUGCACCUCUCGAACUCCUUAUCAAUGAUCAAGGACAAAGCCGUAAGUCCAACCAAGGAAGAAGAAGAAGACCCAUAUCCUAGCGACAACGUUAAUCUUAAUGAUGAGAUCUUCGACAUCAUUGGAUACUUAUCCGAUCAUGAGAAGCCACUUUCCGAUUUGCCUAAAACACCUGUUGUCUGCAAACCGUCUGAAACCGCCAUAGUAAAGGCUCUUGCAAUCGCUAACGUUGACCCUAAAAAACCCUUGUUCUUCGAUGACAGUGUUCGAAACAUUCAAGCCGGUAAACGCGUUGGUCUGAACACUGUUCUGGUGGGGACUUCACAGAAGGUGAAGUGUGCAGAUUAUGCGAUAGAGAACAUUCAUAACCUAAAGGAGGCAUUGCCGGAGCUCUGGGAAUCGGAGGCUAAGCCUGGAAAAGUUAGGUACUCCGGCAAGCUUCCCGUGGAAACUCCGGUGGUAGCGUGA